AUGAAUGACAGUCAAUGGCCUGAUACCGGCCGGCAUCGCCCCAGAACCGUCUCCGAUCACUCAGCGAGUCUGAAGGCCGACUUUGACAAUGUUCACAACACUGUGAAAGCCAGCGUGUCCAGAGUCAUUAACCUUCCCGCAAAUCUCCGAGCUCAGAGUGCAAAGGGCGUCACAAAUGGCAUUGCCGAAGCUGGGUCGAAUGGGCACUGCUCUAAAUUUUCAGAGAUGGACAGGGACACCUUUACUAAUAUUAUUCUUGGCAACAUCAGGACUCAAACAGCUGCCGGAGCGCCAGAUACAGUCCUGCUGACCCAGUUCUACGGACCACGCAAAUCCUAUCAAGAGCUUCACGCCAAGCGCAUGGCUCAAAUGCCUGAUACCGCAGCAGAUAAUCGUCUCAUUGCUGUUGGCAAUGGUACCAAUAUUGUAGAGAUCAAAUCAUACUCAGCCAACAUCAUCCUCAAUAUUGUACACCAGGCGAGCGUGAAUAUAAUAGGAGGUAGGGACUCCCGAUACUUGGGAGAGGCUAUCUCGGUUUUGCUUGAAGCUUACUUCUCCAACGACUGGUUCAAAGGCUCAGUGCGACUAUCUACCGCAAGUUUGUUAGACCGUGGCGAUGUCAAAGUUGUUGCCGACGCAGAGCACCGCGAAGACCUCGACCGACUCAUCCAGUCAACAGCAUGGCAUGAAGAGGUUGGGAGAAGUCUGGGUCCCUUGCCAAAACAAACCUAUAACAUCAGAAUGCACAAUAUUAGGAUCGACUGUAUGAUGUUUAGGAACCGGAUAGAGAAGUCUAUUAUCAUCAGGGCGCUAGCUGAGACCAACUUCCUUGACGACUCUGAUAGCAGCGUCCGCAGCAGCAGCAUCAAUGACAUAGCUUGGUGUGACUAUUAUCCUACUCCUGGGACUCUGCCUCAGCAAAUCGAUGACUUCAGAGCCGGCCGAUUGGCAAGAGACACUGGCUUCCCGUUCAGUACUUCAGCCAGACUAAAGCGUGUGGCCGAGGAUGGAUCACCCGAGGCUGAGUCUGGUGGAGACAAUAAACGCAUAAAACAGGAAGUUCUCAAGCAAGAAGAACCACGGCAUCGUGAAGAUUCGUUGGGCCCCUACCGACAGCCUUCGCCAUACAUCGUCCACAGACCUUGGUAG